UCUUCAUUUCUCAAUUUUCCGAGUCCAGUGCGGUGCAGGUGUUGUCGUGUUCCUUUUAUCCCGUGGAGGAAAGCCAGGAUGGCAAAAUGGAGGAAAGGGCACAUAUCUGUUUGUUGCCAAAAUGUGAGUUUCGGCGUAUGGAUAGGCACGAGCGGUGCCGAGGAAAAUUCUAGCUAGGAAUGACGCCGGAUGGAGUCGUUGUUGAUCCCAACACAAGCAUCGAGAACCGGCCCUGUUUUCUUGUAUUCUUCCUGCAUCAGUCUGCCACAAACACAGAGAGUCCUCAGGAAAAAGAACGCAUACAGAACCCAGAGAGAGAGAGAGAGAGAGAGAGAGAGAGCAUGCAAGGCUCAAAGGAAUCGUACUCGCCACAAGUGCACGACUACUUGUACCCGCACGCGCAGCCAGGGCUGUAUCCUCCGCCGCCGCCGCCGGCGAACCAGCAUCGGGGCUACCAGCAGUACCAGGGCUACUUUGGCGGAGCGGAGCACCCCAGCCACCCCUGGUCGGAGCAGCCGGCUGCGUCCGAUGGGGGGCCUUUCCACUACCAGGACGACGCCGACUGCAUCACCUUCCUCAGAGGCUGCCUGGCCGGGCUGUGCUGCUGCUGGUUGCUGGAGCAGUGCUGCUGCCUCUGAUGAUACGGAAAGGGAGAUCGAUCAGUUGGAGAGAGAGAGAGAGAGAGAGAGAGAGAGAGAGAGAGGGCAAAAGACAUACCAGAUGGAGGGUGCCUGUACGGCUAAUCCGCAUACCGAUCGUCGAAGAAGCAGGCGACGGUUAGUUCAUGCUGAGAUGUUUGCAGCCGUGUCUGUAUGCGCGCGCGCGCGCGCCAAAUAAGCUGUGGUCGCCGUCGUCGAGCCCGAGCGGAUCGAGGCGGCUGAUGAUGAUUCUGCAUCCACGUUGCGUUACGCCGGCCAUGUAAAAGUAAAACCAAGGCUCUUGCUCU